AUGCGACUGCACUCGCAUGGGGCCAACUACGUUGGGAGCGUCCAUUGGGCUGCCGUCCUCGAUAGCAUCUCCGAGCUGCGAGAGCACUACGAGGAAGAAGAGGCCCGGAUGCUGGUGAGCGGCCAUGUGCUGCGUCCCAGUCCUGGGCCCCGUCUGCUCUACGAACCCGUCCACGACACCAAGGCCGAUUUGCUGGCUGCCAUCCCCGUCCGGCCGGUAGUGGAUCGAAUGGUCGCCCGGUACUUCAAUGCACAGGGGGUGAUCCCUGAAAUUCUUCACCGUGGCCGCUUUCUCCGUGAGUACGAGAAAUUCUGGCAGGAGCCGGCGGCGACAUCAUUGCCCUGGAUUGGGUUGCUGUUCACCUUGAUGUGCAUCACCACGCAGUAUCAGCAGUCCAUCGAGGACUCAGCCGACCCAGAAACACUGAUGCGCGUUAACCUGUUUCGUGAAAAAACCAUCCAUUGUCUCGUCCUCAGCGAGUAUACCCGAGGUGGGGACUAUGUUCUGGAAGCCCUUAUUAAUUAUCUGACCAGCGAGAUGUUCCUGUCCAACGACGGCGAAAUUGGGCUCUGGCUGGUGCAAGGCAUGCUCGUCCAGCUGGCCCUAAGUCUAGGCUACCAUCGAGAUCCUCAGAAUUUCACCAACAUCACCCCGUUUGCUGGCGAGAUGCGGCGGCGCGUGUGGGCCGUCAUCGUGCAGCUAGACCUGCGACUCUCCAGCGAGAUGGCCUUGCCUCGCCUUCUAAAGUUGCAGCACUAUGACACCACGGAGCCUCGCAACCUACUAGACACGGACUUUGACGAAGCCACCGUUGAGCUGCCUCCCUCGCGACCCGAGACUGAAGUGACUCCUGUUCUAUACAGCCUCGCCAAGAGCCGGAUCGACCAGAUGAAUGGGCUGGUCAGUGACCUCGUCAAUGACACCGGGGAACACCCGUACCCGGAAAUUCUGAACCUCGACCGAAAGCUGCAGGAAGCGGAGGCGUCACUGCCCCCGAUCUUUCGCUGGCAGCCCCUUAGCCAGUCAUUUAUGGUACCGCCGCAGAUUGUUAUGCAUCGCGUGUUGCUCCAACUCGCCAUCCAGCGGCAGAUCAUCUGGCUUCACCGGAAGUACCUCACACUGACAUAUUGCCAUACGCAAUACAAGUUCUCCCGUAGUGCCUGCGUCCAGGCGGCCAUCAAGAUUCUCGAAUUCCAGCAGAUCGUGGACGAAGAAACACAGCGCGAUGGGCUGCUCUAUCCCGUCCGGUGGAUGUUUAUGUCGUCGCGUCUGCAGGCCGUUUUUCUCCUCGGCAUCAGCAUCCUCUGCUAUUACGUCCAACUGACCAGGACCCGGCCUGACGUCGCGCUGGACCCGGAAACCGGGUUGAAGAUGCAUAAUUUGCUACGCAGCACGUAUCCUCUCUGGCUACGCUCGAGCGCUGUGUCGCAGGAAGCCCGACGGGUGGUGGAUCAUCUGGGUCCCUUGCUGGGACUAAACAGAACAUCCGAACUCCGGUUAGAUGGUUCCACGACCGUUGCCCCUUCGCAAUUCGAUCCGCCCCAGGACCCCAUGAUGCCGCUUGACCAACUUGACUGGGACUCUUACGAAGGUAAAUGA